AUGAGCCACAAACAGAAAGGAUAUGUUAUGUUCUUUCAAUUUCCACCAAGAAUCAAGUUGAGAAGAGAGUCGGAAAGAUUUCCCUUCCUCUUCUUCUCCUUUAUUCUAGUACUUUGCAGAUCACACGUUUGCAAUGCAGUUGACACAAUAACCACCAUUGAACCACUCCGAGAUGGUGAAACCAUCACUUCCUCAGGUGGAAAUUUUGAACUGGGAUUUUUCAGCCCAGGCAAUUCCAGCAGCCGAUACGUAGGUAUAUGGUAUAACAACAUAUCUUCCACAACCGUGGUAUGGGUUGCCAACAGAGGGGCUCCACUUACCAAUGCAUCAGGUAUCUUGAAGGUUGCUAAGUCCGGACAGUUGAUUCUUUUAGAUUAUGCUAAUAACAUCAUCUGGUCUACAAAUUUGUCCAGACCUGUGCAGAAUCCGUUUGCUCAGCUUUUAGAUUCUGGGAAUUUUAUCCUGAAAGAUUCGGACGAUGAAAAUUCGGAUAAUUUUCUCUGGCAGAGUUUCGAUCAUCCAACUGAUACGCUUUUACCUGGCAUGAAGCUUGGUUGGAACUUGGAAACCGGCCAGGAGUUCUAUCUGACAUCUUGGAAGAACGAGAAUGAUCCAGCACCUGGCGAGUUUACAUAUCGCACAGAUAUUACUGGAUAUGCGGAACACGUGCUGAGAAAGGGCCCUAUUGUGAUAAGUCGAGGAUUACCUUGGACUGGCAUUGAAACUGUGGAUUAUAGUGGGGCUCCAAAUACUGGGAAAAAUCCUGUAUACUCGUUUGCUCUAGUUUAUAACCAGAGAGAGUUGUAUUUCAGCUAUCAACUCCUGAAUUCUUUUGCUUCAAGGUUUGUAUUAAAUCAAAGUGGUGUUGCACAGAAUUGGUUAUUGUUCGAUGAUGAAAGAGAAGGUUGGGUCCUUCACUUUAAUAUACCAAAUAAUACCUGUGAUUCUUAUGGACUGUGCGGACCAUAUGGUGCUUGCAAUAUUGCAAAUGAUCCAAUAUGUGGAUGUUUGGAAGGAUUUCAACCAAAAUAUCCUCAUCGAUGGGUUAAGAAAGAUUGGUCAGGUGGGUGUAUCAGGAGGACGCCCCUGAAUUGCGAGAACGGAGAUGAAAACGGUUUCUUGAAGUAUUCUGUUUUUACGUUUCCAGAAACAAAAAAUACCUGGUACAGUGGAGAUACGGCUCUUGAAGAUUGCAAGACUCUCUGCUUGAAGAAUUGCUCUUGUACGGCUUAUGCAAAUCCAGAUGCACGUGAUGGAGGAAGCGGCUGCUUGCUUUGGUUUGAACAGCUCAUUGACAUCAGAGAGAAUUCUCAAGGGCAAGAUGUCUACAUUAGGCUGGCUUCAACUGAAUUAGUAUCUCGCAACGGCUUUAGCUGGAGGACAAGAGUAACACGUAUAGUUGGUGUAUCACUAUCGAGCGGAGUGCUUCUUUUAGGCCUGAGCCUUACACUAUAUCGCAAACGGAAGAAGAAGUUAGAGGAUUACGAGGAUGAAGAACUGGUGCUCUUUGAUUUAGACACGCUAAUUCAAGCUACUAGUAACUUUUCACCCAGUAAUAAGCUUGGAGAGGGUGGAUUUGGGCCGGUCUACAAGGGCGUGUUAGAAGAUGGACAGGAGAUAGCAGUGAAGCGACUUUCAAAAACUUCCACUCAAGGGCUUGAUGAGUUCAAGAACGAAGUUAUAUACAUCACCAAGCUCCAACAUCGAAAUCUUGUUAAAAUGUUAGGUUGCUGCAUUCAGGGAGAAGAAAAGAUGCUGAUAUAUGAAUUCAUGCACAACCGAAGCCUGGAUUCCUUUAUAUUUGAUCCAGCACGAAGCAGAUUGCUUGAUUGGCCUCAGCGAUUCAACAUAAUUAAUGGUAUAGCUCGGGGACUUUUAUAUCUUCAUGAAGAUUCACGACUGAGAAUUAUCCAUAGAGACCUAAAGGCUAGCAACAUUUUGCUAGAUGACACAAUGAACCCAAAGAUAUCAGAUUUUGGAACGGCUAGAAGUUUCAUAGGUAAUGAGACUGGAGCUAGGACAGACCGAGUAGCUGGAACAUAUGGCUACAUGUCACCAGAGUAUGCAAUGCAAGGCCGUUUUUCAGUAAAAUCUGAUGUAUUUAGUUUUGGAGUGACAAUACUUGAGAUUGUCAGUGGUCAGAAAAAUAAUGCAUUUGUCCACCCUGGUCACCACCACAGCCUUCUAGGCCAUGCGUGGAAACUAUACAAGGAAGGAAGGUCAUUGGAACUAGUUGACGAAAGCCUAGGAAACUACUCCACUGGUUUAACAGAUGUAUUACGAUCAAUCCAUGUUGGUCUGUUGUGUGUUCAACAAUAUCCAGAAGAUAGACCCAACAUGUCUGCUGUGGUUAUGAUGUUAGGUAAUGAAGGGGCUCUUCCUCAAGCUCAUCAGCCUGGUUUUUUCGCGGAAAGAAAUGAAUCUUGUUCUGCCGCCUGUGUUGCUAGCUCACAAAAUGAUAUGACUAUUACAAUCUUAGAGCCUCGAUAA